AUGAAGUCGUCUGCAAGGACACCUAUGCGUGCAGUGAGGACUCCUCAUCAGCAAAGAGAACUGAGAGUACGUACCCAGACCUCGACUGAAUCGAAUGGAAGUGAAAAUAUACCACCACGACCCAAGGAUCCAGUUAGUGUGUUUUGCCGAGUACGUCCAUUGCCAUCAGAAGGAGAUCUUUCGUGUAUUACGGUAAAGAAUUCCACAACAAUCGUUUUGACACCACCGGAACAGGCAUUGGGCAACAAACAUUGUGUACUCAAGGAAACGCAGUGCACUUUCAAGCAUGUGUUCGAAGCGAAAGCCACACAACAGGAAGUGUUCACCAAAGUGGCACAACCUUUGGUUGAGAACUUGAUACGAGGUCGUAACAGUUUAUUGUUCACUUACGGUGUAACUGGCAGUGGGAAAACAUUCACAAUGACUGGUGAUGUGCGACAUCGUGGUAUAAUGCCGCGCUGUUUGGAUGUUCUGUUUCGCACAAUAUCUGAUUUUCAAACAAAGAAAUAUGUUUUCAAACCGGAUCGCUUGAAUGGAUUUGAAAUAUUGUCCGAAGCAGAUGCUCUACUCGAACGGCAACAGGAAAUGAAUCAGCGUUUCGCCGGUGGCCGGGGCCCUCUUAAACGCAAGGAUUCCGAUCCCGAACUGGCCUCACAAGCGUCAUGUGAAAUGCCGCCUUUGCAAGGUAUCGAUGAGGAUAAUAUGUAUGCAGUUUUCAUAACAUACAUUGAAGUAUACAACAAUAGUGUAUAUGAUUUAUUGGAAGAUGGUGGCAUUCAGAAAUCUUUGCAAAGCAAAAUUAUUCGCGAAGAUGCCAAUCACAACAUGUAUGUUCAUGGUGUAACUGAAGUCGAAAUCAAAUCUGUCGAAGAGGCCAUUGAAUACUUUCAGAUUGGUCAGAAGCGUAAACGUAUGGGUCACACUGUGCUUAAUGCAGAAUCUAGUCGCAGUCAUUCGGUGUUCAAUAUACGCCUUGUUCAAGCUCCCACCGAUUGCCAGGGUGAAAAUAUUGUUCAGGACAAGAGAACAAUUACCGUCAGUCAAUUGUCCCUUGUCGAUUUGGCGGGUAGUGAACGUUCGUCGCGUACAAAAAAUACUGGUAUGCGUUUAAGGGAAGCGGGUAAUAUUAAUAAUUCACUAAUGACACUUCGUACCUGUUUGGAGUAUUUACGCGAAAAUCAAUUAUCAUCUGGUAAUAAUGUACCAUCAAAAAAAGUUCCAUACCGUGAUGCGAAAAUUACACAUCUAUUCAAGAAUUACUUUGAUGGUGAAGGACAGGUGUCGAUGAUUGUUUGUGUUAACCCGCGGGCGGAAGAUUUUGAAGAAAAUACGCAAGUUAUAAAGUUCGCCGAAAUGACACAAGAAGUUCAAAUAGCCAGAGCAACACCUAUGAAAGCUGAUUUAGGUUUGACUCCUGGUCGUCGCAAAGCCAACAAACUAUUUAAAAUUGCUGUCAAUAAUUUGAACGACAUGGGUUAUACUGAUGCUCAGAAACUGGAUGUUGAUGUGGGCCUUGUUUAUACUCUAGGUCCUAAUUUCCCAGAGUAUAAUUUGGAUAGUCCAGAAGCUGAAGAUACCGUUGAAAUGCUAAUGCAAUAUUUAGUGCAAAGAAUUGAGAAACGAAAAUUGCUAUGCGAAGAUUUAGACACGAGAUUGGAUAAUUUCCGUUCACUUUUAAUGCAAAGAGAAAAGGAAAAUCUAUCACUUCGAACCGAAUUGGCAUCAUUAAAGGCCGUUUAUAAACAGGAACGUGAUCGCAGCUUAGCAUUGGAAAAUAGAAUUCGGGUCCAUGAAAGUUCCAUCGAUGUGCUCAAUAAUAAAUUGGGUAAUCGCGAAAGGCAAAUCGAUGAUCUUACACGGAAAUUACGAGAGCAACAGAAUCUUCUCAAUAAGAAAGAACAAGAAAAAGAGCACCAAAAGAAGAAAUUCGAUUCCAAACUGGCAGUUGAAGUCAAUAAACGUGAUCAAUUGCAUGAACUCAAACAUGCUAAAUUGCAAAAUAAAAUACGUGUUAAAGAUGAGAAAUUAAAACUUUUAUCGAAUAUUAUAACUUCAGAUGAUUUGGCCAUGGCCAAGUUGCCGCGUUCAAGAAGCAUAGAUAAUCUUACCGAGGACAAAGAUUCUCAGCAACAAGCGCCGCAACAUCAUGUUGUGACAAGUUCUAUAAGAACGGGAACAGCUACAGCAACACCAAGGACGGAUGUAUAUGGUGCUGCAAGAGUGCCCAGAGGCAUGGCUGCUGCCAACAGACGCCAUCGUCGUUCACGUUCAGCUGGAGAAAAAUGGAUCGAACAUCGUGCUCAAAAUCCAGUCCCAUUAGGUACUGUCCUACAACCUUAUCUUAAGAAUCGCAAAUCAAUUACGAAACUCACGGAUAUGAAGGAUUUGACAGGACACAAUGCCAAUAAGUAUAUGCUGGUAUCGCAAGAGGCUGACACCGAUGGCGAUGUUGAGACGAAACUCUUCAAGGGUAAUAUAGUACCCACAUGUGGCGGUGGUGCCCAAGUUAUAUUCGACGAUGUGGAGUGCUUAAAACAAAAAUCACCAGUACCAUCACCAAAUCGUAAGAGGCCUAUAAGUGCUGAUAAUGGUGGAAUUCUCAGUAAUAUUGGCACAACAGUUUCCGCCCUUUCAGCUGUGACAAGUUUAAAUUCGGCCAACGAAAUUGCGUCAAGAUGUAAUGUGGGCAUUGAAGGACACACAGUUAAACGUACCAAGGUAUAAAUAUUGA